CCUGAUCAGAAAAAAUGUUUUAAUCUUGAAACAACAAAUUUCUGUAGCCAGUUUUUCUGAGGGAAUGAAAUUUGUGUGAUCGGUCUGUCUUUAUCUACUUUCCCCAAUAGCUUUUGCAUCUCUUGGCCAAUGAUGACUUCAUUUGGCACAUACUCCUGUCCUGUUCUCUGAGAAAUAGCAGAUGGAUAGAGAAGGCAUUACUUGAUCCACCUCCUUUAAGGAAAGGCAGGAAGAAUUGAACUGUUAACUAUUCUGUUUGCCAGCUCCCAAGUGACCAGUCAGCAUAUGUCAGCCAGUCAGCCAUGUAACUGUAGAUAAGCAAAAGAGACGAUCAAAAAACACAUGACAAACUCCAGAAAGGCAGGUGUGGGUUAAGGGAGGUGGUGGAAUGAGGGAAGGAGCCAAUGAUGCUGUUGGAGACUGAGAAGUUUCUGUGUUAAGGAUGCAUAGGACAUAGGGUGUGAAUCCCUGAAGGCUGAUAUUUCAUUAGUUUCCCUAGUACUGGAAUGAGUUGGGAGGGAAAGAUAAUUUCCCCCUCCAACUGUACUGUAACUAUUGGUCUCACAUACUAAAUAAUAUGCUAAUAAUCACCGUUGUUAAAUAGUUUUCUCUUGCUUACUGUUUUUACUUGUGUGGAAAUACGAUAUUCUGUCAGAAGUUAAAAUGAAGGGGUCUACUGCAGAUUCAGUGAAACUGAGAACUGCAAACUGAUUAAAAAGAUUGUCUAAAGUUGUGAUAGAAUUCACAGUAUGUCCUCAAAUCUUUUCUGAAGUAGAAAAUGCCUUAAAACAUGAAACACUUGUCUGGAAGUUUUAACAGCUAGAACACUUUAUUAGCUUGCAUAACAAGCUCUAGAGAAAGAAAUUAAGCCUAUUGUUUUACUGCUGCUAGGGACUGAAAUAUUUUCUAUUAAUCACAAGUGACGAUUGGGGAGUCUUUGUUUCUUUUUAAAUUUUUCUUGAGAUAUCGCCUUGUUCCACUUUCACCACACACCUCACUGGUUCAGUGCAGUGAUGUUAGUGGAAGGCUGAGAUGUACUCCCUUUGUCAGCCUCUAGGCCUUGGUUCUCUUUCUGAGAACAUGAUAAUUUUAUGAAAAACAGUGCCUAAGUGCACGUUGAUGAGAUUUCACUGUUUAAAGCACUGUUUGUGGGAUUCCUUGCUGUACUUAAUGUUAGUAUUUUACGAUGAAAUUUUUCAGCUUCUUUGUAAAAUUCGUAGAAAUUAACUUCAUAGAAUUUAAACCACUUCAGAGAAUUAAGUUAAAAUUAGCUUUAUAGAAUUUACCAAAGAAUUCAGUCUUAAAAUCUCAUACCAUGCAAACCCCAAGCUUCUGUAUCCAAAAUCUGUAGUUUAAAAAAAAAAAAAAGAAUGAAAAGUCACUUUGAUAGAUACACAUAAUUCUUUCAUAUAAAGCAAAUUGAGGUAAAAUUUGCUUUUUUUCCACUGAUUGUCUAGUUCAAAGACCCUUUAGCCAUUACAGAGAAGGUAGAUCUAACUAUGGGUCAGCAUUUCUCUUAAUGAGGGUUGAUGAGGGGCAUGUUUUGUCUAUUGUAGACUGGCUGCUGCACUGGAGUGCCUAAUCUCUGCCUUGCCAGUACUUGAUUAUCUUUUUUUUCCCCCCAAUAUCACACUGCUUUGCAAUUAGUAAAGCCCAUUCUGUUGAUUUUCAACUUCUGAAGGAGUCCCAGUCUUUUUCUGAGUGCUUUUUUCCAGAUAUUUAAAAAUUACAAAAAAGCUAGGACUUUCUGCACUUGCUAGCUAGCAUAGUGAAAUUGUGCAUUUCAGAGUCAUAUAUUCGACUUCACUUUUCUAGUCAGGCUUUUAUGAAAGGCAGAUCUUUUAGAUGCAUAUGAGUUUUGCUUUGUUUAAAGGUGUGGAGAGAAUAAAUUUAAAACGUCAGCUUUGCAUUAUUACGGAUUUUUUUUCCUAGUGAACACACAUGCUUUUUUCACGCUACAGGAAGCUUUACUUAAAAAUGCAAGUUUAGAAAAAGUCUUUUUACUGUACAUACAGUAGAGCUGGUGAUUUCUCUAAAUUGCUAUGCUUUUCUACUGAAGUACUGUGUCCUUUGAAUCAGGUUUGUGUUGAUGGCCAGCUCAGGAAAAGCUUGAUUAGGCAGAGAUGCUUUGAAAUGUUAAGGGAGAUAAAUAGAAAGAGCAAGGCUGUUUGCUGUAGCUUAAUCCUCCCAAGGCCAGUUUAUACUGGAAAGAUAGUGUCUGCAGAGGGAUUCAUUGUUUCCCACCUUCUGAAUUUUGAAUUCACCACUCUAAUCGAUAUGCUUUAAUGUGCUUAUUGGUUACGUGCUGGCAUGGCUGCAGUACAACUUGAGUUCCUAAUGAGUUACAGGUGAAGGAAGAGAGAGAUGAAGCCCAAACCCAGUACUUUUUGUUGGGGCUGUGCUCAUUACCCGUGGGCGAGGUUGGGUGUGUCUGCAUCACCCUCCCAAGACCAGGACUGUGCGGUAGGGCCAGUAAAGAGGGAAGGAAGCAGGAGUGGUGGUUCCAGCUAGUGGGAGAUGAUGGCCUCAGUCAGAGAAAGAGUUUAAGAGGGUAGAAGGGUAGCUCAGUUAAAAUGAGGUUGUAAACACCUGGUAUGAAAUAUUCUGUUAAUAAUAACCAAUAUUUAAGUAAAUGCAGUCACUGCGAUGUACUUUUAAAUAAAACUCUAGUUUUUGAUUAACUUUGCCUUUUUAUUUUAAAACAGCUUCUAGAAACUAAUUAUUCUGUUAAUUGCAGUUACAGUAUAAAUAUGCAAACAAAUUACCAUAGGAAAAGUCAUUAUUUCAUGAUCCGUGACAGUUGCCCGUACGCACGCUUUUUAAUUUCUGACGUACAGUAAUUCACACAAACGUAUCCAACUGUGGAAGAGAACCUUCCCCCACCUUGCACUGGCUGAGCACCAAGAAUGCUCCCAGAUGAUCACUGCGGACUGGGUGACAUACAGCAGUCUGCUUGUACGAAUUAUCUGAUUCAGGGUUUGGACAAACUUCUGGAGAACAGGUACCUGUACCACGGGCUCCACAGUAUGCAAGUUGCAAUGGUAUUGUAAAAUGUAUGUGUCACACUUCGUAAUUGCAAAAAUACACCCACACCCAUUUUUGGAUGCCAAAUAAUUCUAACGAUAAGCAUGGAAGGGCAAGAUAGUUGUUUGACUGGAAGAAUGUGAAUGAUCUAUUUGAGGGGGCUAUCAAGGAAGAGGAUAAUGGGAGGCGUGAGCCUUCACAGCUGGUACUUGAAAAAAUUGAUGGCAGAAAAAGCACUGCCUACAUCUGAAAUUAAAAAUAGAGACAGAUGCAUUUUCUCCUGGCGACAGCUGAAAAUCUGAGUUAUGCCCUUAUUUUUUUGACACCUCGGCAAUGUCUUGAUGAAAUAUGCAUUUGUGAAUUCCACAACUAUAUUUUUACAUGCAAAGGAAGAUAAUAUUGGUACUAGGCAAUAAAUACGUCAACUCCUCUACUAAAAAUACACUUAAAAGUGUAUAAACUUUUGGAACAAAGUUUCUUUUCUGUUAAUUGUUUCCCUGCCAGCCUAAACAUAAUUCACUUGGAACUAGGUUGCUGCAGUCCCUUUGAAGCAGAGUUUGGAGCUGGUAUGACUGGGCUGGGGCAUUUCAGAAUGUGAAGCCAGUAAAACACAAACAAAAAACUUGGAGGGGAAAGGGGAGAGGGAAGGGGAGAUGUUAACCCUCUGCUGGCUACCUUGCUUAUAGUGUUCAAAGCUGGACACUGUAAGCAGGUCUAGCACAAUCGGGGUGGAUGGCUGUGGGACCCUUAGCUGGCUGUCGUGGCUUUAGCCGUACUGCUUACAUGGAAAGCUGUUUGUGACGGUUUUUAUACUACGCACUUCAUCUGUAGCUUUCAUCCUUUAAGCUUUUUGCUUGGAACUUCACUGUAUUACUCAAAGUUUCCAAUUAAAAAGAGAUGUCUGCUUUCCAUUAAACCUUCCUUGCUUUCUCACGUGACUACAAGAAUUGUCAUGCGGGUCUAGACUUUGGCUUAGGCUUUAAGUUCUUGAUUGACGCUUCCUGCUUGGUAGGAGUAGCAUCGUGCUUUUGCAUCAGCUGCAAAUGGUUAUGAGUUAUUAAUUGAAAAUGAGACUUCAAGCCAAGCAUCUUGUGUUCCCUUUGCAGAAACGCAGCUGAAUGGAGCUGAAAGGGCCACAGAUGCAAGAACUUGAACACGUUUCUGAAAGUUUAAGAUGUGUCUGACAGUGACUUCCUUACCUUAGUAAUAAAGAAGAGUGUUUCCACAGGAGCUUAGGAUAUCUUGACUCCAGCUUAUUAAUGUACUAACUGGAAUGGUGUUCUGAGAACAGCUCUCCAUAGUAAAAUACUUACCCUGCUACAGAACAAUAUUAAUUUGUCUACUGAUAAUGCAGCUCAAUGGAGGAAAGUAAUGUUUUGAUAAGCAUGCGGGAAGAUCGUUCCUUUCAUGUUCGAUACAGGAUGGAGGCUUCCUGCCUAGAGCUGGCUUUGGAGGGUGAGCGCCUGUGUAAAGCAGGAGAUUGCCGAGCUGGUGUAUCUUUCUUUGAAGCAGCUGUUCAGGUUGGAACUGAAGAUUUAAAAACGCUCAGUGCUAUUUAUAGCCAGUUAGGCAAUGCCUAUUUCUACUUGCAUGAAUAUGCAAAGGCCUUGGAAUACCAUCACCAUGAUUUAACUCUUGCAAGGACUAUUGGAGAUCUGCUGGGUGAAGCUAAAGCUAGUGGGAAUCUGGGCAACACCUUAAAGGUGCUUGGGAAUUUUGAAGAAGCUAUUGUUUGUUGUCAAAGACAUCUGGAUAUUUCCAGAGAGCUUAAUGAUAAGGUGGGAGAAGCAAGAGCACUUUAUAAUCUGGGAAAUGUGUAUCACUCUAAAGGGAAAAACGUAGCUUGUGCAGGGACUCAUGAUCCAGGGGAACUUCCAGAUGAUGUGAAAAAUGCGUUAGAAAAAGCUGCAAAUUAUUAUGAGGAAAACCUGACAAUAGUCACAGAGCUGGGUGAUAGAGCUGCGCAAGGGCGUGCCUUUGGAAAUCUGGGAAAUACACACUAUCUUCUCGGGAACUUCAGGAGUGCAGUUAUAGCCCACGAACAGCGUCUAUUAAUUGCAAAAGAAUUUGGUGAUACCUCAGCUGAAAGAAGAGCAUACAGCAAUCUUGGAAAUGCCUACAUAUUCCUGGGUGAAUUCGAAACUGCUUCUGAAUACUACAAGAGGACAUUGCAGCUGGCUCGACAGCUUAAAGACAGAGCUGUGGAAGCACAGGCCUGCUACAGCCUUGGAAACACAUACACUUUGCUUCAAGACUAUGAAAAAGCAAUUGAUUAUCAUUUGAAACACCUUGUGAUUGCUCAGGAAUUAAAUGAUAAAAUUGGUGAAGGAAGAGCAUGCUGGAGUUUAGGGAAUGCAUACACUGCUCUGGGAAAUCAUGAGCAAGCAAUACAUUUUGCAGAAAGGCACUUGGAGAUUUCAAGAGAGGUAGGAGACAGAAGUGGAGAACUCACUGCUAGACUUAAUCUCUCAGAUCUGCAAAUGGUUCUUGGACUGAGCUAUAGCACAAAUAACUCCAUGAUGUCAGAAAACCAUGUGGCUGAUAACAGUUUGAAUGGUACCAGACCGAGAGUAGGACGCCGUCACAGUAUGGAAAACAUGGAACUUAUGAAAUUAACACCAGAAAAGGUUCAGAACUGGAACAGUGAGAUUCUUGCUAAACAGAAACCACUGGUGGCCAAACCUUCAGCAAAGCUGCAUUUUGUAAAUCGACUAAAAGGCAAAAAGUACAAAACCAGCACCACUUCUAAAGUUUUGCAGGAUGCCAGUAAUUCUAUUGAUCAUCGACUACCAAACUCUCAAAGGAAAAACAGUCGAGAGACAAUGGCAGAUGAAGGGUUCUUUGACCUGCUGAGUCGAUUCCAGAGCAACAGGAUGGAUGAUCAGAGAUGCUACUUCCAGGAGAAGAACCGAUUCUCAGCUGCUUCAGUAGCCCCAUCCUCUACUCCACCUAAAACAAUGAGGAAAUCCUUUUCUGCUUCUGUAGUCUCACCCCACACUGAUGAAUUUCUAGAUCUACUGGCUAGCUCACAGAGCCGUCGUCUAGAUGACCAGCGCGCUAGCUUUAGUAAUCUGCCUGGACUUCGUCUUAAUCAGCACAACAGUCGGUCAGUCCUGGGUCACUUAAUGGCAAGCAACAACAGAGAACUAGAUGAUGACUUCUUUGAUAUACUGAUAAAAUGCCAGGGUUCCAGACUGGAUGAUCAAAGAUGUGCUCCUCCAUCAUGUGCAAAAGGACCAACUGUACCAGAUGAGGAUUUUUUCAGCCUCAUUUUACGAUCACAAGCUAAGAGGAUGGAUGAACAAAGAGUCUAUUUACCCACAACUAUAAAAGGAUCAAAUUCUAGCUGAAGAAAGUAACAGGCUCGUUCUGUACAGUAACAACUAUCAUUUUUGUUUGCUCAGAAAAAAUGUGUUUUAAAAAAUAAUGCAAUUAGUAAUUUUGUCUUUUUUUUUUCUUUAAAUAAACAGCACCAUCACACUCACUGACCUGUAGUUAAAGGUAGGGUUGCCACUCCUCAUUGUACGAGGCAGCUACUUUUAGCAGUGUCUGCUGGAAUUACUGACUACUGUAUCUCCCUCUUUACUGCCUGUAGUCUUUUAACAUUAAUAUGAAUUUUCUUCUCCAUCAAGGUACUCUUGUUGCAGAUGUGUGGCCUCUACUGGUAUCUAUCUCCCUCUAGUGUAAAACCUAAGUUUGUAUAUUCUUUUUAAGGGAAACUUGAUUUUUUCCCCCUAAUUUGUACUUCCCUGGAAAAAAAGGUCUACUUUCUUUUAUACUUUUU